AUGAGUUUUAGUAUAACACUAGCCCAUUUCUGUGAUAAACAUGGCCCCAAAUCUAUAUUAUGUACUCAGACAACAACUGUGGACCAGGUGGAUCAGUUCAUACUUCCAAGCUUCUCCAAAGAAUCUUAUUGCAAGUCUUGUUUGUUGAUGUUCCCAAAAUCAUAUUCUGGAGAGAAUUUGACAACGUUGAGAACUCAAGACCCUAAAAGUGAGGAUAUUUUCAUCACGACGCAGUAUUCCGGUGUUAAAUUUAGGCUAUUGAAUAGUAUAGUGAGGAAAUGUUUAUCGGAAGAGUCCACUGUUUAUGAUUCCAAACCCAUGUAUUUCGGAGAUGAGUUUAGAGGUUAUUCAAUUACUCAAAGUUUCAAGAUCAAAGAUUUAGAAGCAAGAGGAUCAGAGAGAAGGUAUUCGUUCAUAGUCAAUAGUGAGAGUGAGGCAGCCAUAUUACAAAACUGGGACCUCAUUGUGGAGAACAUUACUGUCAUAAUUGAUUAUUUGAAAGAAUCAAGCAUCAAAAUUGAACUGCAAAAUUCAAAAAAUAAUGAAAUCUUUUUAAGAGGUAAAGUACAGCAUUCCAAAAGUUUAAUUGAAUUAUUAAGUGACGAUGAGCUUUUCGUUAAAAUACAUAGGUGGAAUUCAAAGUUAUUGAGGAAGCUAAUUAAACAAGAUGAUAUCGGAAACCCGAAAUGA